CAGACUCAAAGUUGUCGCACAGCCGUGUUGCAAUGGCUCCUUUGCCAUGAGUGUGGCCAGCUCGUUGUUCUCCUCGAUCUCGGGCUACAUCCCAGAUGCCGUGAAGGACGCCGCAGGUCUGAGCCCCCAGAUCUCGGAGGCGGUGCGCCACAUCACCUGGCUCAAGGUGGAGCGGGUGUUUUGGCCGGAGGAGGCUCAGAGGCAGUUGCUGGUCAUCGGUUACACGGAUGGGUUCCAGAUCUGGGACCUACAAGACCCGACGGCAGCCAAGGAGCUGGUCUCGAAGCAGGACAAGGCGGUGCUCCAGGCGCGUUUGCUGCCGCUGCCUCUGGCUGCCGAACCUGGGGAUUGUUUGGGUCUCAGCGCAGCACCGCUCAUGGCGUACCUGCACAAAGGCUCCCCGGCCCUGGUCCGACUCUUCUCCCUGAAGUCCCACGACGACGUGCAUUUGCUGCGGCUCACGGAGCAUGCCAAGAGUCUGCAGGCGAGCCGGCGCUACUUGGCCGUGGGCUUCGCCAAGCAGGUGGAGCUCUACGACGCGUUGCGGUUCCAGGCGCUCUUCAGCGUGCAGUGCCACGGCUCCGGGGGCCCCACCUUCGCCUUGGGCCACCGGUGGCUCGCCUACAACCUGCCGCCCCACGAGGCGGUGGCCACACCACGCAGACAGCUCCCCACCGUGGUGAAGGAUGGGCUGCAGUACUUGGGCCAGGUGGGCCAGCGGACUUUGGACCAGGUGCUCAUGCCGCCAGUGCCGGACACCUUGUCCACGUCCUCGUCGUCUGGGAGCCUCCACAGCGGAAGCAUCGCGGUGAGGGACGUGAGCAGCCAGAGCAUCAUCUCCGAGUUCGAGGACCACUCCGAGCCCAUUGAGGGCAUGGUUUGGGACCCUUCAGGCCUUCAGCUGGUGACCUGCGGUGCCUUGGGCCACAAGAUCCUGGUGCACCGCGCGGUCUUGGGCUUGGGGGACACCUUGACCUACGAGGACGAGAACGCCCAGCUGGGGAGUCUCAGGUUUCAACACCUCUUCACGCUGUCCCGCGGGGUGACCCCAGCCGUGAUCAGCGACCUCGCGGUCUCGGACGACGGCCAAUUUGUGGCGGUGAGUAGCGCCAAAGGCACCACCCACGUCUUCAAGCUCCCGCCCUUCCACUCGCACAGGCAAUGCUUGUCAGAGCCAGGGGCGGUCCUGAAGACUGGUCCCUCCCUUGGGGACCCAGUGAAGCUGUCCGUGUGCACUCGCGUGCGCAUGGGGUCCGUGCUCUUGCAGGAGGGCCUGAUGCCUCAGUGCGCCUUCUUCACCCGGCAGUCCCCCAUCCCCUGGAUGUACGUGGCCACCCGCGCCGGGUCGUUGGGGCUGUACUCCUUCACCUCAGACUCCAGCAGUGAGGAGUGGGCUGUGGCACUGCAGCGGGAGAUGCGGAUUUGCCGACCCCUGCGCCACUUCAGCGAGAAGCGGCUGUCCAUCGGGCCGACCCGUCCGCGGCCCUCCUCGCCGGAAAGCCCAAGGGAGCGGGAGGAGCCCUCGUGGCUGUCCUACGCAGAGACCUCCACCCAUUUGCCCCAGACGGUCCCCAUCUGGAUGUGUCCGCAGCUCCGGUUCUACGCCUACGCGUCUAAGGGAUCCGCACAAGCGGCGGAGACGAACGCAGCGCUGCGUUCAGGCCACGUGGUGGCGCGAAGGCGCCUGGAGAUCUUAAGACCUGAGCUCCCGGAGAACGCGGUGAGCUUCCAGGCGGACGACUCCAUGGACCUCGCGCAGCUCUUCGGCGGCGCUUUGGGCUCCGCGAUGGGCGAGCCGACGGCCGUUCGCGCCUCGCGCGAGCGCGAGCGCGAGCCGAGGGAGAAGGACCUAGACAGCAAUGAGGACGAGUGGCUGAAGUUCUGAUGGCCUUAGGUCCACACCGCCUGCCCAGAUCCAGCCGAGCCACAAAAG